AGUUUGUCACAUAUGCGUUGAUAUACGUAUAUAUUCACCGAACCUAGAGGCUAGGAUGGAUUCGUUAUUUCGGACGCGAGCGACGACGGAAUCGCGAAAGAUGAAUGAAUCAUUGGCUGAAUCCGAUGCUGUUCCCCGAGUGACACGCGUGAUCUCGUGUUAGGAUACCGUGACUCUCAGAUCCAACGUCCGAGAGGUUGAAAGGAACGAUAGGUGUGCGCGUCGCAAAAACUUUGCUUUGUGCGGUUAUUUUUACAACGGAAUCGCUAUAUUUUUGCGUGCGACGCGCUCUUAAAAUAGAGCACGACGUCGGCGGCGGCGGCGUGCGUUGUAUUUUUCGCACGCUUAACAAAGAGCGAGGAGCAUGACUUUUGAGGUUACCACGAUUCACGGUGGUCUCAGCUGAUUCGCGAAUAUUUACUACCCUGUCGAGAUCACGAGCCCUUCACCGAGGAUGGACACCGCGUUCGAGAUAAUAGACGAGCCCCAGCAGGCGCUCAUCCAGCGGAUUUAUUAUUCCGCGAGAGACGGGAUGGCAAUCGCUCUUUAUACUCUGCUGAGUAAUAAAUCUGAGACCGACGUCAAUCACCUGAUUAACCAGAAAGUCCUAGAAGACGAAGGACAAAGGUGUACUCCUUUAAUAAUAGCUGCACGUUACGGGCAUAAUAAGGUAGUUAGAAUGUUACUUGAAAAGUUCAAACCUGAUUUAGAACAGGAAGGUACAGUAAAAUUUAAUGGAUAUGUUAUCGAGGGAGCCAGCGCACUUUGGGCUGCUGCAGGUGCGGGACAUUUAAGUGUUCUUAAAACUCUCGUAAAAGCAGGCGCAAACGUUAACCAUCCAACGAAAACUAAUUCUACUCCACUUCGGGCGGCAUGUUUUAAUGGACGUUUGGAUAUCGUUAAAUAUUUGAUUGACCAUCAAGCGGACAUAAAUAUUCCCAAUACGUUUAACAACACUUGUCUCAUGAUAGCAUCGUACAAAGGACAUCUUGAUAUCGUUAAUUUUCUAUUAGACAAAGGAGCAGAUCCUAACAAGAAAGCAUUUUGUGGAGCGACGGCGUUGCAUUUUGCCGCCGAAUGCGGGCAUAGCAACAUAGUUUGUGAAUUAUUAAAGUAUGGAACGAAAAUGACAAAGAAUGUGAGUGGCAUGACACCUUUAAUAACGGCAGCCGAGCGAACACGCGCGGAAGUUGUCGAAUAUUUAGUACAAAGAAAAGAAGUGACGAAGAUGGAAAUAAUAGACGCUUAUGAGCUACUCGGAGCGUCUUACGCUAAUGAUAAAGAUAAUUAUUGCCUAACUAAGGCGUACAAGUACCUGUAUAAGGCAAUGGAGUUAAGGUAUAGUGAUAUUAAUAAUAUUGUAUAUAAGCAACUAGGUUCAACCGUGAAAGCAUAUGAGAAUUGGAGGGAAUGCGAAACACUCGAGAAAUUAGAAAGCAUCAAAGACAAUCCCAAUGCCAUACAUAUGGAAUCGCUUGUUAUCCGGGAAAGAAUUUUGGGUGUCCAUAAUCCGGAACUGCCACAUCCUAUAGUAUUCAGAGGCGCUAUAUUUGCGGACAAUGCCAGAUUUGACAGAUGCAUAGAUUUGUGGUUGCAUGCUUUGAAACUGAGACAGCUCAAUGAUAUAUCCAUUGUGACAGAUCUUCUUCGAUUUGCACAAGUUUUCUCACAAAUGAUACAUGUAGGUGUCGAUCUAGAUUUCUCUCAGGUGAUAAAUGUAUUGGAGGCAAGCAUAACAGAAUUGAAUAGAAACAAACACAGAAUAAUAUAUUAACAAAGAUAUUCAGAUUUACAAUGUGUUGAAGAAAUGGAAUCAAAUAUUACAACGACUCUAUAUAUUCUAACGAUUUUGACGAAACUUAUGACGCUUAAUGGAAACAGAUGUGACGAGUCGGAUUUGAGACAGGCAUACCACUUGGUGCAUAAAUUAUGUGCGUUACAGGUGUGCCUGAAAGACGGGCAGACCCUGUUACAUCUUGCUGUGAAUGCCGAAACUCCCGUCGACGAUUUUCAUACGAAUGAUGUCUGCAAAUUUCCAUGCGCGGCUACGGCGAGAUUAUUGAUUCGUUGCGGUGCUGAUGUAAACGCUAUGGAUAAUGAAAGAAACACACCGCUCCAUAUUAUCGUUGGUUAUAAUAAAGCAAUAAGCGAUUUUGCGACUUUACAUUCAAUUAUAAUAGAUCUUAUAGAAGCCGGAGCGCAUAUGGAUACUGUAAAUAAUGGGGGACGGACACCAUAUGAUGUAGUUACCACGGGUGUAGCUAAAAUAAUAUUACGAACUCAGACCAAAUUAUCCUUAACAUGUAUGGCUGCCAAGGCAAUCAAAGCUUACAAUCUGCCCUAUUAUGGUAACGUUCCACGUUCGCUCGAAAGUUUUAUAGAACUGCACGGACCCGGGCUGAAUCAGAGCUGACGAGUCUCCGAUAUCGUCACAAGAAGAAUCAAAGUUUUCUUGUAUAAAAAGUAUGCAAUACUUUAUAAUACUCUUGUACAAAGUACAAUCGAUUUCCUCUAUUCUAUGAUUUUCCCUCAACUUUUAUUCUCGUUCUAUAACAGAUGCGCAAAAUGAAAAUAUUGCGUUCUCUAUGUUUUUCACUUGCUUCUUACUUGCUAACGUGAUUUCGGCAAGUAUAGGUUGUAAGAGAGCAAUGCAAAAGGAAAAUCCUAAUUUAGAGAAAAAUAACCGGCCUAAUAUAAAGAAAAAUCUAGGAUGAUGGAUCGCAGAAUAGAGAAAAUGGACUCUACAUAUCUAAUACUAAAUAUAUAUCCAAAGUUUUGAAAUUCUAUAUAUCGUAUAUAUAUACUGUAAUAUGAAACGUCAUACGUAAAAUCGAAAUUCCACAGAUGUCUUGCAAAAGAUAUUUUCUCUUUCUAAUGUGGAAUUUAUAUAUAUACAUCAUUUAUAAAAAAUUAAAUAAGAAUUAUUAUACAAUUCAUGAAAGCUGUCCUUUUACAAUAUACUAUAUGUUUAAAAUUGUCUUUUUAUAUUAAAUAUGUAUAUUAUAGACGUGGUAAAUAGCUACAUAAUUGUAACGAAAUAUUCAAAUAGUGGGCAUUGUGCAUUAAAAUUUUGCUCUCUCGUUUUCACUAAUUUUAACUGUAAUUACUGUGAUAAAUAUAAAAUCAAACUGAAUAAACAUACACAUUUGAAACUAUGGUCAAUUUAUGUGUGUUUGCGAAUUUUUUUCGUGCGCUAAAUUCAAGUUUAAAUAUUAUCGCUUAUUUAGAAAAGAUGCACAAGACAAUCUGAGAUAGGUAUAAAAUGUACAUUCGUGUGUGGUUGCCGUAUUAUAAAUUUAUUUAAUAUUUACACACGCAUUCUCUGUAUACAACUGUGGAACACUAGGAAAAUAAUGGUAAAAUAUAUAAGAAUAUACAUACGCA